AUGGGAAAGACUUGUGAAGGAGUUCAGCUUCAGUUGAGUCUGGUACUGACUAGGAAUGAAGAUGUCCUCAAACACUUAGAAGAAGUAGAGAAGAUUUUCUUAAAGAAUGGCUCCUCAAGUGACAGGGAAAACUUCAGUAAGAGUAUCAGACAAUCCAGACUUAUCAGUAGUAAGCUUGAGGAGAAUAUUCAAACACAAUGUACCUCUAUUGGACUUGCUGUUACUGAACUGGAAAAAAGAAGUGCAGAUGCAGAAGAGCAAAGCACAGGAAGUACACCAAGGAAAGGCAGAAGGAGGUCAUCUGCAGCUGAAAAGUCUGGUUUGGAAUUCCAGCUGAAGUCCCAACUAAAUCAUAAUGUCCUUCUCCAUAAGGAGAAAGCAGAGUUGGAGACCAGACUUAAGGAGCAUAUGGGGACUCUUAAGGAGUCUGGUAAACAAGCUGAUAAACUAGAAGAGGAGAUUGUGGAAACCAAGAAAAUGAUGAAGAAUCUUCUUGAUAUGUUUGAAGAAAAGGCAGUAGAAGCUGAGAAUAGAAUAGGUGAGCUGCGUGAAGCCAUGGAGAGGACCCAAGAAAAGGCCAAGCAGUACCAAGCCAUGUAUGAGGCUGAGAAAGAGUCUAAUUAUAGAUUUGAGAAAGAACACAAAGAGAGAGAAAAGAAUAGAUUCAAGAUGGAGAAUGGAGAUGAUGAGGGUGAUGGUUUAGGACCAGUCUUGAUAUCAAGACCUCAGACUUCGGUGAAAAGAUCAAAGUCAACACCAAUCGACCCAUAUCACAUCGACCCUCAGUACCAGUCUGUUACGGAGGAAAAUAAGGCCUUAAAAGCAGAAGUAGAUAGAUUACUGAAUGAUAAUGUACAUCUAUUAAGGAAGAGCAAGCAAGCUCAGAGGGAUAUUGAAACUAUUCAGAAUCAUGUUGCAACUUGUUCAGGUCAGAGGGAUGAACUAAGAAGAAGACUAAAGAAAGAACAGGAAGAGAAGCGCAAGCUUUCAUCAUCAAUGACGAGGCAAGCAUCAGAUUGGAUCAUGCAGAAGAAGAUGGUCAAAGACAUUGAACAUUAUAGUAAAGUUGGAAAGGUCAGUAGAAACACUCAUUAGUGGACUGAUUAUAGUUUACUGGAAUUCGAAGUGAUGUGAUUGGAAUGGGUAGUAAUUACGCAAAUACGCUUUCAUGGAAGUUUGGACAUGAGGGCUCUUUUACACAAAGGUUAGUGAUUAAUAACUAUUUUGAAAGAACAAUUCUGAUUGGUUCCUAGCCAUUCUACUGAGCAAAAUGGGCAUGCAAUGAUGAUCUUCAUAAUUGUGAUAUGCGCUAUACAAGAACUGUAUAUUAGUAUUAUUAUCUUGCUAGGCCAUUUCAUUUAGAGAUUAAUUGCUAACCCAUAUGUUACAGGGCUUUGAUCUCAUAAAACAAUUUAUGUCACAUGUGCAUGAAUGGGUGUUGAAAUGAGAGGUCAGAGACGUACAUUUUAAGUAAUGUGAUGUAUUUUUCAUGAUUUUCAACCCUAUUUAAUAUGAUUGAAUUUGUAACACUCUUAGUUCAUAUCUGCUUUCUUGUUUGUGCUAUCUUUGAGUUUUGUGCACAACAUGAUUGCCAGAUUCAUCUUUAUAUAUUUGCUUUCUAUUCCCUCAUAAUAUUCUAUUAUUUUUUUGUUCAUUUUUCCCUAACAAUUUUUGUCUUGCUUUUCACUUUUUGCUUGCACCAUUUUUCUUAUAUUUAGCAAUAUGUAUCUAUUUAUUUCUCCAUCUUUCAUGUCAAAGAGCAUUUUAGCACAGUGUAUACUAUCCAUAUUUCUCCCUCCUUUUAACUGUUUAAAUACGGGUGAAAUAAACUAACU